CUGUUUUGUUGUCACGUUAUUUAUGUAGUUAUGUCAGUUUUGUUAUUAGCUUGCUAACUUUUCAACUAGCUUUUAGCAAACAUGAUUUAGUGAAGAUGCACUGAAUGAAUACACGAACUGUAAUAAAGUAGAGUGAGGUAUAAUGGCAGGCGUGAUUCGCAGGCUAGAUGAAACAGUAGUGAACCGUAUUGCUGCUGGAGAAGUCAUUCAGCGACCUGCCAAUGCUAUUAAAGAAAUGAUUGAGAACUGUCUGGAUGCAAAGUCCACCAACAUUCAAGUUACUGUGAAGGAGGGGGGACUAAAGUUGAUCCAGAUUCAGGACAAUGGCAGUGGCAUAAGAAAAGAAGAUCUGGAAAUAAUUUGUGAGCGGUUUACAACAAGCAAGCUACAGACUUUUCAAGACCUUUCGUCUAUUUCCACUUACGGUUUCAGAGGAGAGGCUCUUGCCAGCAUAAGUCAUGUAGCCCAUGUCACAAUUACCACAAAAACAGCUGAUGGAAAAUGUGCCUACAGAGCCAGCUACUGUGAUGGAAAGCUUAAAGCACCACCAAAACCUUGUGCUGGAAACCAAGGGACACAAAUCUCAGUAGAAGACCUGUUCUAUAAUGUACAAACCCGAAGAAAAGCCCUGAAAAGCCCCAGUGAAGAGUACUCUCGAAUUGUGGAGGUGGUGAGUAGAUAUGCCAUUCACAAUGCAGGGAAAAGCUUUACAGUCAAAAAACAGGGAGAGAUGGUUGCUGAUGUAAAAACUUUACCAAAUGCCUCAGUUUUGGACAACAUUCGAGUGGUGUUUGGAGUUGCAGUGAGCAGGGAGAUGAUUGAAGUGGAGUGUGAAGAUCAGAAACUUGCUUUUAAACUUAAGGGUUAUAUUUCCAAUGCCAACUAUUCCAUGAAGAAGUGCAUCCUCAUACUGUUUAUCAAUCAUCGUUUGGUUGAAUCUAGUGCCUUAAAGAAAGCAAUUGAGACUGUAUAUACAGCGUACCUUCCCAAGAACACACAUCCAUUUCUUUAUCUUAGUUUAGAAAUUGCACCUCAUAACAUAGAUGUAAAUGUGCAUCCGACCAAGCAUGAAGUGCAUUUUCUCCAUGAAGACAGCAUCAUUGAAAGUAUACAAAAAAACAUUGAAAGCAAACUACUUGGCUCUAAUUCCUCCCGCACUUAUUUCACACAGACUUUACUUCCUGGACUGUCAAUAUCGGUCAGUGAUGUAAAAAGUUCAGGUACUUCAGUAGCAGACAACAAUGAACGUGUCUAUGCUCAUCAAAUGGUGCGCACCGACAGCAAGGCCCAGAAACUGGAUGCUUUCCUUCAGCCAGUGAUUAAGUCCUCUUCAGUUCCCUGCACUGUAGCGAGUCCUCCUAAACCUGACCAAGUUACCACUAGUAUUAAUGCAGAAAUGCUUGAUGAUGGCAAAGAGGUGCUUCCCAGUACUACAAAGGAUGUGGAAAAUGCUGAUUUCCAAACAGAGACACCCCCAAGGAAACGUCCUCAUAUGGAUGAGGAUAAGGAGGACCUCACAGCUGCCUGCACACCAAGGAGGCGAGUUAUCAAGCUUACCAGUAUAAAAGAUCUGCGCAAUGACAUCACUGAACAAGCUCACAAAGGCUUGCAAGAGAUGUUGCAGAAUCAUUCAUUUGUUGGAUGUGUUAAUCCCCAAUGGGCUCUAAUUCAGCACCAUACAAAACUGUACCUGUUGAACACAACCACACUCAGUCAGGAGCUGUUUUACCAGAUCUUGCUGUAUGAUUUUGGAAACUUUGGUGUUCUUCGGUUGUCGAGUCCAGCUCCUCUGUAUGACUUGGCCAUGCUGGCCCUGGACUCAGAGGAGAGUGGAUGGACUGAGGAGGAUGGCCCUAAAGAAGGAUUGGCACAGUACAUUGUUGAUUUCCUAAAGAAAAAAUCUGAAAUGCUGGAGGAUUACUUCUCAGUGGAUAUAGAUGAAGAUGGAAACCUGACUGGGUUACCACUGUUGCUUGAUAAUUAUACUCCUGCUAUGGAAGGUCUGCCAUUGUUUAUCUUGCGCUUAGCAACAGAGGUAAACUGGGACAAUGAGAAGGAGUGUUUUCGGGACUUCAGUAAAGAGUGCAGCCAAUUUUACUCUAUAAGAAAACAGUACACGCUGCAGCCAGAGGAAGCAACAGAUACUGCAGAGACAGAGCCGAGCUGGCAGUGGAAAGUUGAACACAUUCUCUUCAAAGCAUUUCGCUCCCUUCUCAUCCCUCCAAAACACUGCAGUGAGGAUGGCAGUAUCCUUCAAAUUGCCAACCUGCCUGACCUCUACAAAGUUUUUGAGAGAUGCUGAGAAAAAGCUGUUGUUAUUAUUAAAUUUAUAAUGUUACACCUGUUCUAAUGAUCAAUGUAUUUUGUAUGAUGUUUUAUUUGAUGGCUAGAUGUAUAAAUGGUUAAACUCAGCUGUGAGUUAAAAUGUGUUUAGUAUCAGUAAAUAUAAAAUCUGCUUAGUAUUCAGUG